AUGGAGCUUGAAAUGCAGAAAGUGAUAACAAGCCUAUUUGCCGUAUUGCUGGUUUUUAUAGGAUGGAGAACAUUGAACUGGGUGUGGAUACGGCCUAAAAGGCUUGAGAAAAUUCUGAGAAAACUAGGCUAUAAAGGAAACUCCUACAGGCUUUUAUUUGGUGACUUGAAAGAUCUUGCUGCUGCUAAACAAAGAGCUAAAACUAGUUCUAUCAGUCUGUCUGAUGAUUUUCUGUACCGUGCAGCUCCCACUGUUUUUACUGCUACUCAUAAGCAUGGUAAAAAGGCAUUUUUAUGGCUUGGACCGAAACCACUGGUAUAUAUCUCAGAACCUGAUCAAGUAAAAGAGGUACUAAAUAAGUUUCAUAACUUCCAGAAGCCGAGGGGAGGCAAUCCUUUAUCGGCAUUGCUUGUCACAGGACUUAUAGAUGCGGAGGGUGAUAGAUGGACCAAACACCGUAGAAUCAUCAAUCCUGCUUUCCAUCUCGAGAAGUUAAAGAAUAUGUUGCCAGCCUUUUACUUAAGUUGCAAUGAUAUCAUGAAGAAAUGGGAGGAAAUGGUUUCUGCACAAGGUCAAUGCGAGGUGGAUGUAUGGCCUUAUAUUGAAACAUAUACCAGUGAUGUCAUUUCACGUACAGCAUUUGGCAGUAGCUAUACCGAAGGAUCAAAAAUAUUUGAACUCCAGAAAGAACAAUCUGAGCUUGUAAUGCCACUUUCACAAUCAGUGUACCUUCCUGGAAUGAGAUUUUUGCCAACAAAAAGAAACAAAAGGAUAAAGGAGAUUCACAAUGAGGUGAGCAUUGCUCUAAGGAGUAUCAUUAACAAGCGUUUGAAGGCAAUGGAAGCGGGAGAAGGUAUCCAGAACGACUUGUUGGGUAUAUUAUUGCAAUCAAAUUCUGAAGAAAUUAAAGCAAAUAAAAAUAUGAAAUCUGGAUUGAGUGUUGAUGACAUUAUUGAAGAGUGUAAGCUCUUCUAUUUGGCGGGACAAGAGACAACCUCAACUCUACUUGUUUGGACAUUGAUUUUAUUGAGUCAGCAUACAGAAUGGCAAGAGCGCGCCAGAGAAGAGGUUUUGCAUACCUUUGGAAACAGAACACCAGAUAUUGAUGGCUUAAAUCACCUCAAAGUUCUUAAUAUGAUUUUGCUGGAGACGCUUAGAUUAUACCCUUCAGGAGUUGUCCUUGGUCGAUCUAUUUCUGAAGAUACAAAAUUAGGAGAUACGAUCCUUCCUGGCGGAAUACUACUACAUCUGCCAGUCAUACUGUUGCAUCAUGAUAAAGAGAUCUGGGGUGAUGAUGCUAAGGAAUUCAAGCCAGAGAGAUUUUCCGAAGGUGUGCUCAAGGCAACAAAGGGGAAAGCAGUAUUCUUUCCUUUCAGCAUGGGACCUCGGGUUUGCAUUGGACAGAAUUUCGCAAUGCUGGAGUCCAAAUUGGCAAUAGCCAUGAUACUGCAACGCUUUUCUUUCGUGCUUUCCCCAUCCUAUAUACAUGCUCCUUACACCAUCAUUACUCUUCAUCCUCAAUAUGGUGCUCCCUUGACUCUAAAAGCAUUAUAG